CGGAGUCAACAAGAGUAGUACUCGUGCGCCGCCAUCUUAUCCGAUUAUCGGUUAAAUAUUAAAUAUAUCCAUUUAUAUAUAUAUAUAUAUAUAUACAUACAAUUUUUAUAAAUUUAAUCGUACAUACAUGUAUAUAUUCACACGUAUGUAAUUAAUAUUUGUAUUUUGUGUACAUAUCGUUUUUGGUUUUCCUCGAUAGUGUCGUUAUUUUGUUUUUAACGUUAUUAUCAAUUUUUUCCGUGGUACCGCUGACGCGCCCCGUUGUACUACGCUCGCAACACUCUCGGUCCGCCGCCGCCGCCACCACUGCCGUCUCGCCGUCGUCGUCGUUUGACCAUCAACAUUCAUCUAAAUACUUCGUCGACAAACAUUCGACAAUAAGAUGGGGAAUGUAUUUGCGAAUUUGUUCAAAAAUUUAUUUGGCAAAAAGGAGAUGAGAAUACUUAUGGUAGGAUUAGAUGCUGCUGGUAAAACGACUAUCUUAUACAAAUUGAAAUUAGGUGAAAUUGUUACGACUAUACCAACUAUUGGUUUCAAUGUUGAGACUGUUGAGUACAAAAAUAUAAGUUUCACAGUGUGGGAUGUUGGUGGACAGGACAAAAUCCGACCACUCUGGAGGCAUUAUUUCCAAAAUACACAGGGUUUGAUUUUUGUAGUAGACAGUAAUGAUAAAGAACGUAUUUUUGAAGCUAAAGAAGAGUUAAUGAGAAUGCUUGGCGAAGAUGAGCUUAGAGACGCUGUAUUGUUAAUAUUCGCUAACAAACAAGAUUUGCCUAAUGCUAUGAACGCAUCUGAAAUAACGGAUAAAUUAAGCUUGCAUACGCUGCGUAACCGUAAUUGGUAUAUUCAAGCAACGUGCGCAACUAGUGGUGAUGGUUUAUAUGAAGGUCUUGACUGGCUGUCAAAUCAAUUGAAAAAUGCCAACCGUUAACCGACUCCAGACUACAUUAUUAUUAUUAUAAAUAUUUAAAUUAAAAAAAAAAUAAUAAUAAAAACUAUUUGUAAUUCAUGAAAACAAACUUAAGCAUAUAUAGCAGACUAAAAACAUUUUUUUACUCGCCAGCAAAAUUAAUAUUGUCAAAUGAGUUCUCCCAGUUAAACUAUUAGUCCAGA